CGUAGCCCGUGCGUAAAGACGCAGCUGUAGCUCUCCGGUUGCUACUUCCUGAUUUCACAGCAACAGAUGAGAAACGGCUGUUUAUGAGGAAGAAACCAGCGUCUCUCCGCAUCCCUUUGUCCGGACCGACGCCAGAGAAGCCCCGGCUUUUACCUGCACCGCCGUCGGCUUUAAGGAGCAGCGGGCCGCGGUGUUGACAUGGUGGAGCCCGCAGCUGCCUGUCUGUUCGAAGAUAUCCAGUAUGAAGAUAUCCAAGUGGAGGCGGUUGUCGGCAGAGGGACCUUCGGGGUGGUUUUUAAAGCUGUGUGGAAAGGCAAAGAUGUCGCUAUCAAAACAAUAGAGAGCGAAAAUGAGAAGAAUGCCUUCCUGGUUGAGCUUCGGCAGCUUUCCAGAGUGAAUCACCCCAAUAUUGUAAAACUCUACGGCUCCUGUAAUAACCCAGUGUGUCUGGUGAUGGAGUAUGCAGAAUGCGGCUCAUUACACAACCUCUUGCACAGUGCAGAUCCUCAGCCUCACUACACAGCGGCCCACGCCAUGAGCUGGUGUCUGCAGUGUGCACAGGGGGUGGCAUAUCUGCACGCUAUGAAACCAAAGGCUCUGAUCCACCGAGACCUCAAACCACUCAAUCUCCUGCUCGUGAAUCGCGGGACAGUUCUGAAGAUCUGUGAUUUUGGUACAGCCUGUGACAUUCAAACUUAUAUGACCAAUAAUAAAGGCAGCGCAGCGUGGAUGGCACCAGAGGUUUUUGAAGGCAGCAACUACAGCGAGAAGUGUGACGUGUUCAGCUGGGGCAUUAUUCUGUGGGAGGUUCUGUCCAGAAAGAAACCUUUUGAUGAGAUCGGAGGCUCUGCUUUCUGCAUCAUGUGGGCGGUUCACAGAGGCACCCGUCCCCCUCUGAUCAAAGACCUGCCGGAGCCCAUUGAGUCCCUGAUGACACGCUGCUGGGACAAAGAGCCCAGCCUCAGACCUUCUAUGGAGGAAGUUCGCAGCACCAUGAGCAGCCUCAUGAAGUAUUUCCCCGGCUCUGAAGAACCUCUUAAGCUCUCUCACUAUUCGUCCGGAAACAGAAGUGGCUCUUCAUCAGCCACAAGCACAGGUUCUUAUGCGGACUGCACCAUCAGCAGCAACAGAAGUGAUGACACCAGUGACUACAGGACGUCUGGAGGGAGAGAGGAGACUCUGAAAAGCUUUGAGAACAAAUUCCCACUGCAGUUCUGGCCUGCUAAGGCCACUACUAUUCGGACCAGCUUGUCUCGAGUCUCCAGUGUGGACAGUCAGCGCUCCCAAAGCCCCACCCACUGCACCAGCCCUGCAGCCACCUCCAGCCAAUCAGAGCUCAGGAUGUCUAUCAGCCCCCCAGCUACAAAUGGUCUAGACACUGCCAUGGCCAACCUGAGGCUAGAUAUCCAGUUACAGCCUUUGACCCCGUGUCCGAACUCCAAAGAGUCAAUGGCGAUCUAUGAGCAGCACCAGAGGAUGGUCCAGGAGUAUCUGAAAAUCCAGGCCGAGAUCGCACACUUUGUCCGGAAAAAACAGGAGCUGACUCUGGAGUUGGAGCAGGAGCAGAGGGAGCAACAGACCUCCUCCCAUCUGAUCCAGGAGCACAGCAAACUGAAGGAGGACCACAGCAACCUCACGUCCUACCACCAGGGCCUAAAAACCAAACUCCGGAUGAUCCAGAGCCAGCAGGACAGCUAGGGCCAGUCUGUAUGGGUUGGUGCAAUAGACUGAGUGAGAGUGCUACAUACAGACAGUUACUGACAAAGAGGGGAGAGCAAGAUAAAGGAAAAAUGCUGAGUGUUUUGUAACAAAUAUUAUUGAAAAAUUACAAAAAGAAUUUGUUUUACUUGGCCAAAUAACAUAUACAUACACAUAGAUAUCUAAGACAGUUUUGUAAAGAUGCUAUAAUCCCAAAUGGGAAGAGCCAGAUUUUCCUGUAGACUGAACUUUGCCAUGAAGUAUCUAAUAGGAAAGUGCACAAAUGUUGAUCUGAUCAUUUCUAUUUGUGACUAGACCCAAGAGCUCACUAUAUUACAAAAAAAUGCAUUUUAACAGUAUUCAUUUUUGCCAACGCCAUCUGUUUUAAAUAUUAUUGGUCUACAGAAUGUUGUGAUAUCUUAAACCCAACAAAAUCACCUUAAUCACUGACUAAGAUGAUGUGUUUUUAGUUAUAUGAGGAAAUCAAAAUCAAACUGAACUUGUGACAGUGUAACCCAAAUAUUUUUUACAAAAGUAGAGGUUACAAUGGUCUAUGUUUUGUUUUUUUUGUUUUUUUAAUAUAUAAAGUUCUUUUGGCUGCCAUCCAGAAACCAUUUUGGAUCUACUGGUUACAGAAAAAACACACUGUCCAGAUGACUACCUUUGAAACCUUUUCUACCAUGGACCACUCCUGGACAAAUUAAGGAUUACAUCAAAUAAUUGUACACAUUAUUGAUACUUUGCAGUGACAUUGUGCUGGAGGUGUUCUACAUGCUCAAGAAAAAAUACAAAAUGGAUUUAAACAACACAUUUUCAGGUGCCUGUUCAUGGUCCUGUUUAGGUGUUUGAUUUUCAACAAAAAAGUGACUGUAAUGUUAUUUGAGCGGGACUUGACAGCGAAGAUCAGCUCACCUGUUGUAGUUCUAGUUAAGCUUAAAGUAACUAAGUUAGUUAGUAAUUACUAUGUGGUCAGAUUGUGUUAAAACAGAGGUCAGAUUAAAAUCUAACAGAUCUUCAGACAUAGUAAUGCUUCCAGUUAGCAUCACACCCCAGGGAAUGUUGAUGACAUCAGCUACAAAGUGUCAUUAUUGUAAAACAGAAAGAAAUCUACUAGGCAUGUUGUGUGUGUAUAGUCACGGCAUUUAAAUGGUAUUAUCUUAAUGAUAUUGCUUGUUUUUAUUAUCCCUUGAUGUUUGACUGUUUAGAGGAUAUUCAGGGUCAAAGAAAAACGUCAUUAUAAUUCAUUUCAAUGGUCCAAAAUGACUCACUGCUUACUAACGGAUUUUUGUCACAUAACAAACAUAUGACUCACUCAGUUUUCACCUUUUUAAAUGGAAAACACUACAACAUGUCACCCUGGUACUUUUCAAAAUAAUAUUGAGCCUUAAAUGUUUCUUCAAGCUCAUUGUAUGUAAAUGUAAUGGGACCAAAGCUUCAUUUGUAAAUAGACUUUCAUUUUGAAAUGUUUUGGUCCUUUUUAUUUUUAAGUUUAUCUUUGAAUGGCAUAAACUGACAUUUUAUCUGUUUUAAUGUGUUUUAAAGAGAAUAGUCUAUGCACAUGAACAUAUUACAAACUGUACUGUGAACGCAAAGGCUUCCAACAAGAAAUAACUGCAGAGAAAGUGUUUUAACUGUUUUUGCGUUGAUUUUGAUUUUACAGAAUGUAUUUUGCACUGGUUGUAUUUGGACCCAUAUUAAAGUCUCAUGUACUCA